CGGCCCCCCGCCCCUCCCCGCCUGGCCCGCGCCCGAGCACCAUGGGCCUGAGGGGCUCCCGCGGCGCCGGACGCUGAAGAUGAUUGAUGCUGGAGCUCUCUUGCGUCAUGGCUUCUUCAAAGCUACGAGAACCUGCGGAUGAGGUUUUUGACCUGGACUUGGCUGUGCCAGAGACCGUCAGACUGGACAGCAGUUUACACAAGGCCCGGGCCCAACUACUGGCCAAGGGCCGGAGACACCGGCCCUCCCGCUCCAGGCUUCGGGACAGCGCCAGCUCUGCAGAGGAUGGUGAAGGCUCCGACGGGCCCGGAGGCAAGGUGACCGACGGCUGCGGGAGCCCCCUGCACCGGCUGCGCUCGCCUCUGCACUCGGGCCCCGGGUCCCCGGCGGGGGGCUCUUUCUGCCUGGAGCCUCCGGGGUUGCGGCGCAGCCUGGACGAAGACGAGCCCCCGCCCUCGCCGCUCACACGCUACCGGCCCUUGCACAACGCCGCCUCGCACGAGGGCCUGGCCGCCGCGUCCUGCUCGCCGCCCCGCUCCGCGCCCUCCUCGGACAGCUCGCCCAGCUUCGUGCGCCGCCACCCGCGCGCUGAGCCCCACAGCGAAGAUGACAGCCGGGAUGCCAGCCCUCCUGAGCCUGCCAGCCCCACCAUCGGCCUGGAUAAGAAGACUCGCCGAAAGUUCCUGGACCUGGGGGUCACCUUACGCCGAGCGUCCACUAGCAAGAGCCGGAAGGACAAGGGUAGCAACCGCUUGUCCAUGGGCAGCAGGGAGUCAGUGGAGGGGUCCGGCAGGUCAGGGGGCUCCCCGUUCCUGCCCUUUUCCUGGUUCACAGACAGCGGCAAGGGCUCGGCGUCCUCUGGCAGCACCACCUCGCCCGCCUGCUCCCCUAAACACGAGGGCUUCAGCCCUAAGAAGUCAGCUUCUCAGGCCCAGCUCCUGGUUCACGCACAGGAGGCACUGAGCAACUCCUGGUGCUCAGUUCCCAACUUCAGCUCCAUUCAAAUGGGAGCAGAAUCCACCCUGAGUGAUGACUCCACACCCCCUAGCAGCAGCCCCAAGAUCCCAAGUGGGCCCCGGCAGGAGACCAAAUGCUCCUACCCCUACCACACACUGUCCCAGUCUUCGGAUGAGUUCCUGGAUGAGCCUCUCCCCACUGUCCACCACUGGACCAGCCAGCAGGUGGGCCAGUGGCUACACAGCCUCAGCCUGGAGCAGUAUGCCGCCGAGUUCGCCGCGCGGCAGGUGGAUGGGCGCCGGCUCCUGCAGCUGGAUGGAAGCAAACUGAAGAGCCUGGGGCUCAGCAACUCGCAUGACCGGACGCUAGUGAAGCGGAAGGUAAAGGAGCUGGCAGCAGCCGCUGAGAAGGAGCGCAAGGCCCAGGAGAAGGCUGCACGGCAGCGUGAGAAGCUCCGGCGCAGGGAGCAGGAGGCCAAGAAGAGCUAGGGGACGGCGGGGGGGCAGGCACUGGCUCCCGGGCGCUGCUGGCCGCCGGGCUCGGUGGGCACAGGCCUCAGCGGGCAGGCGGGGCCUGGACGCCAAGCUUGGGCUGGCCUGGCCCCACACUCUCGGGGGGUACAUGCCCUCUCUCACCCUGUCACUGUCUGGACCCAGAUCCCCCAGAAAGGGAGACCCCAGGAGAGGGCCCAGGAAUAAAUCCAGUUUUAAGGACUUGUUUGGCACAGAAUUCCUAGGGGAGCUGGCAGGUUAUGGGCAGAGGACAGAGAGGCCAGGGCUGAAGCAAGUCUGGGAACCCUGAGGCACCUGGGUCAGUCUGACCCUCUGCCCUCAGGCCACGGCGGUGCUGGCCGGCAGUGAGCUAGGACACCUGCUGGCCUGCCUGCCUUCUAGAGGCUCUGAGAUGGGGCCUGGGUCCUAGGGCUUAGAGAGGUAGGAAGCAUCUCGGCAGGAGUGGGUGGACAGAGUUGCUGCUCUCCAGCGCCCCAAGGGGGCUGUGUGCUGGGAGAGCUGGCUUCCGCUCCCAAGGGAGGCUGGCAGGCGCUGCAGCAACCUGCACUCAGGGUAGACUCCCAGUCUGCACUCAACGGGAGAGCAGAGAGAGCCGCAUGAUUAUCCCAGGCGAUCUUUGCCAGGACUUUCGGAGCAGGAAGGAAUGGUGAAAACGUCCUUCGCCUUCCCCUUCCCUGCCCUCUGGGUCCCAAUGGUGAGAUGACAUCCAUACAGGUCUGCCCCUCCUGGGGCCCACUCAAGGCCUGGUCUUUGACCUGCUCUCUAACACAGGGCCCGCUUCUGUUGCUCCCUCGGAGGACAGCUGAGCCCUCUCUGGGGACAGAGCAAACUUGGGAGCUGGGGUGGGGGGGUGACAGAGGACACCCCCCCACCAAUGCCUAGGUGGCACUGAACAGGUGAAUCCUCACCCCAGCCAGGUAGAGAGGCAAAAUCUGGCAGUUCCCCUGGAAUCUACUGGAAGGGUUCAUCAGCCUUCCCCCAUCUGCUCUGGUCCCUGUCGGGGCCUCAGUGGGUUCCAGAACCAGCAGACAGUGCAGGCUCUGGUUCGCUGGGCCCCAAGGAAGGGUGCGCCAGGCCCCUGGGUGGGGUGGGAUCUAUACCAGUAGCCCAGGGAUGACAUCUAUCCUUGUAAGGAGGGAGCGUUCAGGUGCAGCACGGGCCGGCAGCUUCUGGAGGAUUGGCCAGUGACCAAUGCGGGCUGGGGGCCCUCUGAUUAGAAGUCCCUCUCCACCUCCAGCUGCCUGGAGUGGCGGACAGGACCCAAUGCAUGCCAACUCCCCUCGUUCCUGCUCGGGGGCUGUGGCUUCAAGGCCACCCCUGCUCUGGCCACGGUCCCGUCCCUGGGACUCAGCCCUUCAUCCCCCUCUGCUGUCCGUGCGGGGAGAGGAGCUCCGCGGAAACUGAGACUUGGGGGCCCCCCGGCACCAUCGGGGCCUG